AUGGGACCCACAAAAAUCCCUGAUGGCUCUCAGACCCCAUGGAGCAAUCCCAGCAGGUCCCAGGCAGGACCCGUGGACUGGUUCCUGCACUCAUCAGCGGGCAUGUCCCGCGAAGUCACAGACCAAAAUAUGGCCGACUCCCCGACCUGCUCCCAUAACUCGAAGCCUGGUGGACUCACACUAUUGGACAUCAGUGCAGACAUACGAGUGCCCCCGAGCCAAAUAGUCACUAAGGAAGACCUCCAUGCCCUCUCCGACGACAUACAUGGGGCAAUCCGCUCAGAAGUUGCCAUGCUACGGACCAAAAUUGCAGCACAUGGCGGCAGACUCCAGGAAUUGGAGACUGCCAUGCACGCCAUAACAGAGCGAGCAGAGACAUCGAACCUUGCUGUCUCCAACAGGGAAACAUGCUGCUCGCCCUAG